AUGCUUCCUCCUCAAAGGUCAGGAUCUUCGGGUCGGGCACCAAGUAUAGACCCAGACGACGCUAUCCGGGCAACAGACGACGAUGCCGCUGCUUCACGUUUAUCCGCCGUGAACCUGGGCUACCUUCCCGACCCGUUCCUACCUUACCUAUACCGCCCACCCAUGAGCUCCUCCCACGGCGGCAACGCUGGUGCUGGAGGACCCAGUCGGAAACCUCCACUGAUCAAUGUGGGGACGCAUCAUCGGACGAUGGCGGUAGAUAUGCUGGUUCAGCAGUUUUUCCACCGGGGAGGGGGACAGGUUUUGAGUUUGGGGGCGGGGAGCGAUACGAGGUUUUGGAGAUUGUCACAAUCUCCUAAGCCGAACAUGUCCCGCUAUGUCGAAGUGGACUUCCCGCAUCAGACUUCCCAAAAGGCACAACGCAUAGCACGAACCGCCAAGCUUCACUCCAUCUUCCCCUCUCCAUCUCCAACUCCUUCCGCCUCCCCUUCCUCCUUAACCAGCAAGCCAUACACUGUCUCCAACGGCGGCACCUCUCUACAUGCGCGAAGCUACUCUCUCGUCCCGUUGGACCUACGCGAUCCUACCGCCCUUUCUGGGCUGGACGGCCUCCUUGACCCAGACCUGCCGACGCUACUCCUUGCGGAAUGCGUGUUCUGCUAUAUGAAGCCGGAGGACACGGAUGCUGUGUUGAAAUGGUUUGGAAGAUUCAAGGAGGCAGGGGUGUUGGUAUAUGAGAUGAUUGGGCUGGAGGAUCAAUUUGGGCAGGUCAUGAAGCGGAAUCUGGCCACGCGUAAUCUCAGCCUACCGGGCGCAGUAUACCGUACCUCUGCAGACCAGGCGAAUCGCUUUCUCAACCCCUUACUCGGCUCCGGGGCGUUCUAUACGUCCGAUGCCAAGACAUUAUGGGGUAUACAUACGGACGUUAUCCCGAAAGAGGAGCUACAGCGAAGGAUAGCUGCGCUGGAGCAUCUGGAUGAGAUUGAGGAGUUGAGGCUGGUUCUGUCGCAUUACUGCGUGGCGUGGGCGACCAGGGGCCAGAUUUUAGAGGGGAUAGGAUUUUAG